AUGGCUACUUUGGAGGAGGACCACUCUACCCACGGCUGGGGCAGGGAAGUGGAGAUGCUGGUGUUCCUCUACUGGCUGGCUAGUGCCACAUCAUACCGUGUCGUGGCAGAGGCUUUUGCAAUUCCAACGCAAACAGUCUUUGACUUGGUGCACAAGGCCAGUAAGAGGGUUCUUGCCAUUGUGAAGCGGGUGAUCCGUUUCCCCACUGCUGCAGAGAUGGACGGAGUUGGUGCUGGUUUUGCUCGCCUGGCGGGGUCGGCAGUGUUUGCUCGUGUGGCUGGCAGCAUCGAUGGCUGCCAUGUGAGAGUGGUUGCCCCAGCAGCACACGAGCAGGCAUAUUUAAACCGCAGGCUCUUCCACUCAAUCCAGUUCCAGGCCAUCUGUGACCACAGGGGGAAGUUCCUGGACGUCUUUGUGGUUACCCUGGAUCAGUCCAUGAUGCACGUGUCCUCAGACACUCUGAUGUGUAUGUUCAUCAGCUGUACCCCCCACAGGCAUGGUUCCUCAUUGAAGACGGUGGAUACCCCUGCAUCCAAGACCCAUCACCCUCAUCACACCCUAUCAGGAGCCAGUGCAGAGCCUGUACACCGCAGGUUCAAUGGCAAGCUCUCCAGAGCCAGGCUCGUUGUAGAGCAGGCCUUUGGGAUCAUGAAAACCAGGUGGCGGACCAUCUUCCUCAAGGCUAUGGAAGUGAGAAUUCCAUUUGCUGUGGAGGUGAUAACCUGCUGUGCUGUUCUGCACAACCUGUGCCUGG